UGUCAAGUCAACUCCGUAAACUCAUACCCAAGAAGUGUCAAAAUUUUAAAGUUGAAAUGUUCUUCUGAAUCAUUCUUUCCACGUCUGGACACGCCCGGAGUAUAAUUUAUGCUGUGGGACACUCUCAUUACCGGUUUUGUUGUUCUAUUAGAUUAUCCUUAUGAAUGCAGUUUUGAUUAUUUGUUAGGGUUUUUUUAAGGUUAGGUCCAGUAUUUGGUUUCAGCUAAGUUAAAUAACAUUUAAGACUAAUGUCCUGAGCCAUAUUUCUGCUGUUCAAAACGUAAUUUCUUUACUAGUGAAAACAAUGAGUAACCACCUUACAGGAGGGAAAGCUAAUGUAGCUCUUCUGCAAGAGUCAAUCCGAAAUGAACUUCUUACCUUGGUGGAUAAGUGUGAUGGAAGUAAGGUUAUCGUUUUGGAUGAAGAUUUAAACGGACCAAUUGGAUUGGUCGCCAAAUCAUCAGAUCUUCAAGCUCAUGGAAUAUCAAAAGCAUUUAUUUUACGUGGAGGUCGAUUGCCUUUGUGUGAUGCAAGAAACGUCAUUUUCAUCACAAGACCACUACUGAAGUUAAUGGACUUGAUAUCUGAAAAUAUUCAUGGGGAAGAAAAAAGUAAAGUUAGAAAAGAAUUUCACAUCAUAUUUGUUCCAAGAAAAAGCUUACUUUGUGAAAAAAGAUUGAAGAACAAAGGAGUGUUUGGGAAUCUGAACUUCAUUGAUGAACUACCCUGUGACAUUUUCCCCUUUGACAGUGACCUGAUGUCCAUGGAGCUACCACAUGCCUUUAAGGAGUUUCAUCUGGAGAAUGACCCCAGCACGCUGUACCAGGCUGCCCAAGCUAUCAUGACCCUCCAGGACAUGUACGGCGUCAUACCUCGGGUCUGCGGAAAGGGUGUGGCAGCGCAGCAUGUGUGGGACCUGAUCUGUCGUCUGUCACUGGAGCCGCGGCCAGGCCGGCAGACGACGGCUGCUCCACAUAUUGAUCAGUUGUUGUUGUUGGAUCGAGCAGUCGACACAAUUUCCCCACUCGCCACACAGCUGACUUAUGAGGGGUUGAUUGAUGAGUUUUUUGGCAUUUGCAAUACGACUGUUCAUCUUCCCGCUCACAAGUUUGCUCAGUCAGACGAUGAGCCUCAGAGUGAUAUGAUACAGAAUAAGAAGAAGGUGGUUUUAAACUCAGGAGAUCAGAUGUUUGCAGAGAUCAGAGACAAAAACUUCAAUGCUGUCGGACCGGCUCUGAGCAAGAAAGCCAAGCUGAUUUCAUCACAGUUGGACGAACGUCACGGCGACAAGACCAUUCAGGAAAUGAAACAAUUUGUCGCGAGACUUUCCCACUUAAUGGCAACUAAAAAGUCGCUGGCCACCCACACGACAAUAGCGGAGAUGAUCAAGGAGGUGACGGACUCGACGGAGUUUCUAGACACAUUGCGAGCUCAGCAGGAGAUGAUGUUGUGUGUGGACACGGACAAGGUUCAGCCGUACAUAGAGGACUGCAUUGCUCACAAGGAAUCUUUAGUCAAGGUGCUGAGACUGAUCUGUCUGCAGUCGGCGACCAACAGCGGCCUCAAACAGAAGGUGUUGGACUACUACAAGCGGGAGAUCGUCCAGGCGUACGGCUUCCAUCACAUCUUGACCUUGACUAACCUUGAGAAGGCCGGACUACUUAAACUUCAGGAUAGACAUCGAGUGUACCCAGUAGUUCGUAAACUGCUUCGCCUCACAGUGGAGGACGGUAACGAGGUUGCUCCGACAGACAUGAGCUACGUACACAGUGUUUACGCACCGUUGUCAGCUCGUCUGGCGCAACACAUGGCUCGAAAUAGUGGCUGGCGCAACCUGGCUGAUGUGUUACCUCUGCUGCCCGGACCUACGCUGGACGAGACACAGGCUACCGGUGCUCAGCCACACAGGCGUGGAUCCAUUGACAGCAAACAGUCUACUGGAAGUGACGUAGCAACGAAGGUCAUUCUCGUGUUUUUCCUCGGUGGUUGUACGUUUGCAGAGAUUUCCGCCCUACGUUUCCUAUCCCACCAACCUGAUUCCAACGUGGAGUUUCUGAUAGCCACUACCAAGCUAAUAAACGGCAACACCUUCAUAGAGUCAUUGAUGGAACCGUUGCCAGUUCCCAGCUGAUCCGGUGUGUAGAUCAAAGGACAGUGAUUCCAAGUUUAAAAUGAAGACUACAAUUAUGUAUUUCUUACAAAGCUUAUGCUUUUUAUAAUCUAGUCUAUUGUUAUGUAUUACAGUUUGUUAUUUUAAUUUACACAUUUUAAAAGCAAAGUAUUGAUAUGUUAAACAUAAAUUUGUUCUAUUAUUUAUGUACAGCUUUACAAUAUAUAGAAA